AUCUUGCACAAAUUCUGUCAUACCUACAAUAAUGGCCGCUGUGCGCAGACUAGGAAUCAUAUUUAGGAAUUUGUCGCUGUCGUCAGCUACACGGAAUGCGCUUUUUCGUUCCCCGGUCAAGGAUAACCGAUGCAUACGCCGAGGGAUAGCGGUUGCUGUGGGCGUUGCGGCCGGAGGAGCGGUGUUGUAUUGUUACUAUUCAGAAAUGUGCGGAUUCAGAGGGAGGAAAGCCCCGAUAAAUGGAAUAGGCUGUCGGGCUCUGCUGCCUUCACUACCCGCUGUAGCCGCGAAGGAGAAGGCUCCACUGUUUGAUUUUGAUGAAAGUGAGGUGUACAUGUCGUCUCAUGAGCAUCGUUUCCGUCUCUUCAGCUCAGUGGAGUAUGAGGGACAGCUGUACAUGACUCCUCAGAACUUCAUCGAGUCGGUCACCAUGAGCGAACCCCGCAUAAGGAAACCUUGGAAGUCCCUCAACAAACAGGAGCUGGAGAAGAUCUUGUCUGAAACUCCACCAGUGUGGAAAGGAACAUCUAAGCUGUUCCGGAACCUUCGGGAAAGAGGCAUCAUCGCUUACACGGAGUAUCUCUUUCUGCUCAGCAUUCUGACAAAGCCUCAUGCAGGCUUUAAGAUUGCUUUUAACAUGUUUGAUGCUGACGGUAACCAGAUGGUGGAUAAACGGGAAUUUCUUGUGUUGCAAGAAAUCUUUCGAAAGAAAAAUGAGAAGAAAGGAAGAAAGGGAGAUGUUGAAAAAUCUGCUCAACUGGUGCUAAAAAAAGAGAAUCAGGAGUUUGUGCCCAGGAGCUACUGGGAUAUACUGAGACGUGGUGCCAGCCAGGCCCUGUUUUCUGAUCUGGCAGAGCGUGCCGAUGAGAACAUGAUGAUUGACACCACUCUGCUUGUGCACUUCUUUGGCAAGAAAGGAAAGGCAGAGCUAACGUUUGACGACUUCUACAGAUUUAUGGAUAAUCUGCAAACUGAAAUGUUGGAGAUCGAGUUCCUGACUUAUUCCAAAGGCAUGACCACCAUCAGCGAGGAGGACUUUGCACGAAUUUUGCUGCGCUACACUAAUGUAGAAGAUAUCCGCAGCUAUCUGGAGAAUGUGCGGCAGUGCAUACCUGAUGAGAAGGGCAUCACCUUUGAAGAGUUCAGGUCUUUCUUCCAGUUCCUCAAUAACCUCGAAGACUUCGCCAUUGCCAUGCAGAUGUACAACUUUGCAUGUCGCUCCAUUGGACAAGAUGAGUUUGCUCGGGCAGUUUAUGUUGCAACAGGCCUUAAGCUGACCCGUCACCUCGUUAACACCAUCUUCAAGAUAUUUGAUGUGGAUCAUGAUGAUCAGCUCAGUUACAAAGAGUUCAUUGGUAUCAUGAAGGACCGGCUGCACCGUGGAGGCAGGGGCUAUAAGACCGUAGAGCGUUUUACUUCAUUUAAAUCAUGUCUGAAGAAGGAACUGGCGGGCAGCAGGUGAAUGAAAAUCAGGAACAUGGCUUUUCUGGCUCAGAAUGAAACUGAUUUGUCUGUCUGGAAACGUUUGAGAGAAGAUAUAGAGAUUCCAUCAUAAAAUCUACCUCCUCCUCUUCUGAUUUUGAUUUUCUUGGGCAACUUGGAUUGUGAUAGUGUCUCUGCGAUCAGCGCUCUACACUGCAUGUUCCAGUAUCUGCACAGGCCUGCAUGAUCAAACUUUAGUCUGUAAUCAACUAUUAAUCUAUUAAUAAUUUGCAUGUAACCUGGAGGACGGCAUAUCUCUCUGCUGUGUAUCUGAAUUUCAGCUGGUACAAUUUUUAUAUGUUUUGAAGUUGCUUUGAUUGCUGUCGUGGCAAAGUAAAGAAAUUAUUUUCUUGCAUUUUUAAUAGAAAUGUUUUAAGCUAGAUGAGUUACUCAUUAUGGCCUUUUAUUGGUUAUAUUUAUACUAUAUUAUAUUGCAUCAUACCAUACAUUUCAUUAUGCCAAUUACAAACAAAGCUAUUUUUUCCCCACUUUCAGGAUUAUGAAAAUAUUUAAAUAUAACCAUACUGAGUGAAAACAGUAAUACUUUAUGGUAAUAGGCAACCAAAAUCAUAAAUGGGGUUUGAAAGAGAUUAUGUAGCUCAUGUAGCAUUAAACCCAAUAAUGAACAUUGCCUUAAUCUAAAAUUGUUAUUUUAUCACACAAUUUAUUUUUGAACAGGUAUGAGUGUACAAAGAUUGUCUGAGGCAAUUAACAAGAAGUCUAAACACGCUUUUUAGACUGUACUGUAAUGCAAGCACUUAACAAAUACGGACCUGAAAUUCCAUAUUAUGCAAGUCAAUAAAGUGGUUUCAGUAUGCAAAUUU